AUGCCGGUUCGUGCUUAUCGGCCGUCCACUUGCAUUAAGAUUGGUAAAUACUGGUGCGUCAAGGGAGACGCUCUUGUUAAUAUGUUUAUGGGAUCGGACCGGAAAUUCCUCGGUGCUUUCAGAUUAUGCGGCUUCCGUACGGAUAUCCAGAAAUCUCUAGUCAUGACCAAGAACCCGAAAACAAAGCAGAUUGAAGUUUGGUUUAGACACCUAUGCACAGUCGGGGAGUACGAGAGACUAUGCGAAUCUAGUGCGACAAAUUCUGUAUUGAGUACAGGUUGGGUUGAGGGCUUCAGCGACACCAACGAAAAUUUGUUUCAUCUAGCAGAGAAUCUGCGAAAGGACGACCUCAUUGCCAUCCACUAUCCUCCGAGGAGAAGAAACGGAAAUGGACCGCCAAUUGUAUUGGUUGCUUGGUCAUACGGGUCACAGGAAUUCAAGUUUCCACAUCCUGAUGAUGAAGUGCCACCUGGCAUUCCUCUACUCGUUGCCGCUCGCACUAUGCUCGCACCGAUCGAAAUUCUCUGGUCAAGUGGGCCUAACCAGCCUCACGGAAGACCGCAUGGCUUUUUGCCAAAUACAUCGCUUUCACUGCGCGUCAAGGCGCCUAGGGAUGAUAGCCUAGAGUCUGGCAGUCCCCCAAGACGGUCGGACUUCCACCGUGAUAUAACAACGAGUGGAUCCGUGCACUCGCGGGAGACGCUGGCCCCAGCGCCAGCCCAAAGCCUUCCGCCCACAAGUGAACUCAGGGAUAAUUCAAUGUGCGCUAUCCCUCACCCACAAGAUGAGCAAGCCGCUCGAGCGGUUCAAGCGGUUGAAGAUUUCAUGAAAGCCCACAAAAUCAAUGUGGAAGAACUUGCGACAAUCGAGGAAGGUGGGAAGCUAUCAAAGGCAGAUAUUUUCUAUUUGCACUUUCCCCUAGGCAAUGAAGAAAUACAAAAGGAACUGCAGCUUCUUCAGGUGCACUUGAAGUAUCAUGAGAAGAUUCUUUUCACAAGCAACAGCCCUGGAGAUUGGGCAAAAUUUGUGCACAACAGCAGACAGGGUGUAGCCAUAUUUCACGAAUCAUUCGUUGGAUACGAUACUUUGCAGCCUCCUCUCAAUUCUGUGCUUCCUGCCCACUCGUUCAAUUUCUGGAUGGUUCGCAUUCAGAGACCACUCGAAUUAGUUGAUCCCCGGAUACUUGAAUGGAUCGAAAUGAGACUCGGUGACGAAAAUCACUCGCAAGAUCAUGGACUCCUGUUGCUCAUCUACACGUUGAUCAUCAAGAACAACGUUACGGAUCCUCGCGCAGCUUUGUUUGAUAAAGCCAGUCUACAUCACAACUCAAGAAGCAACGUUAUCGCACCCUCUCUGGAUGAAUACUGUAGUCGUACAGAGCACCACGACCUCAGAAUCAAGGACAAGGUUGAACGCGAUGCAGAUCAUCUGAUCGAAUUCUUCGCAGGGUGGUCAUUGAUUAACAUACCACGCUUCCGCAACUUCGUCGCUGUCACAUCACUCAGUGCUCCCACUGGGGCACGGUGGGACAAGUGGGGUCAUAUGACUGUCAUGCGAGGUGGUUUCGGCCAUUUCUUUAAACGGUUCAAAAUAGAUUCAUUGACCCUCAUGGCCUACCUGUCGGGUCCCAAGCUGCAGCCUUCUAGCCAAGCAACUACCCCGGUGGCCAUGAGCACACCCCAGACCCCGAAUUGGACAUCUCACAACUCCAAUGCCUCUAUUCAAUCGACCCUCACAGGCAGCAACGGCAAUGGCACGAAACAGUACCCUGCUCCCUACAAGUGA